AUGCUAUUUGGCGAACUGGACACGACGCGGCGAUUGUUAUUUAUUGUUGUUGUUUUGCUAAUUGUUUUAUAUGCAAAAACUUAUUUAUUGCCACCCGGCGUAGCCUUAGACUACAAUUGA